UGGGAACCCUGGGCGCACAGCUCUGAAGGGCAGUUCCUGCUCGCAGGGCACCCGUCCUGUCCCCCAGCCCUGGUUCUCAUCACUGUGGGCUUGUGGCUAUCUGGGGUACAUCGGGGCACAGCUUGGGUUGAUGCCUUUGAACAGAACCUAUUUAGCACCCUCCUUCCCUCCCCCCAGGAUGCCGAGCAGCCAUGUGAGCCACACUGGUGAUGAGGAGGACCCCAGCUGCUGCGGUGCCACGGGGUGGCACAAGUGACAGGGACAGAGCAGGACACCAUGGGCAGCUCCUCGCCCUGGCUGCGCUGGACUCAAUCGGAGCUGGGCAGCCAGAAGCCCAAGUGCUGGGAGGAGGAGGAAGAGGAGGAGGAAGACUUUGAGAAGCACAUGGAUGAGAACGGUGUCAUUGGGCUGGGGGCUGCCACUGCGGAGCUCAGCGACCCACAGGACUCAGGCUCUGAGUGGGGACAGGAUGCGGCUGGGAGCCCAGUAUGGGGGGACAACGAGGACCUGGAUGUGGGGUCCCCAGCAGAGCCACGCUGGUAUGCACAGCAGGACCUGACAGAGGAGGAGGAGGAAGAAGAGGAGGAAGAGCAGGGCAGCUCUGAAGAGGACGAGAGGCCAGAGGGACCCUGGGGAACAGAAAGCGAUGGGGACUUCCAUGCUGAGACUCCCCUGAAAGCCCCGGGUACCACCACGGAUGGCGGCGGCACCUCGGGGCCUUCGGACUCCAGUCCUGUCCCCACGACUCCCCCACGCCAGCGCCGGAGCUGGGGCAAAACCAGGGACCCCAGUCAGAGCUCCCAAACCCUGCAGCAGCCCAAACCCAGUCGGCUGUCCCCCAGCCCCCGGCAUCACACCGACACCAAAAAGCCAAAGGACCCCACAGACAUUUGCCCAUAUGGCCGAGGGCGGCUCAACCACCCCCUGCCUGACCUCUCCAAGGUGGAAGCACGGGUGAAGGUGGGGCAGAACUACCGUCCUCCACCCAGCAGGGCCCUGCCCGCCCGCGCCAGGCCCCAUGGAGGUCCCCUUGUCCCCAAGUCCCCCGCCGAAAUCGUCCGGGAGGUGCUGCUGAGCAGUGGGGAGGGGGCCCCGCCACGGCCCUCCUCCUCCCCCGGAGUGCCACAGGAGCUCCGCUCCCCCAGGCAGGCCACUGCACUGGUGCAGCAACUGCAGGAUGUUCCUGCCCCCCUCCGUGCCUUAGGAUGCUCAUAUCCAUGCCCUUGGGAUGCUCAUGUCCCCAUAGGGAUGCUCCUGUCCCCUCCCCAGGAUUCUCCUGACCCCAUGCAGUGCUUCUGUCUCCUGAUGCCCUUCUAUCCCUUGGGAGGAGAGGGAUG